AUUCUAAUAAAAUAAUAAUGUAAGUAGAGUAAGUCGAUUUUCAAUAAUUUGUCGAGAGAAAUAACAUAUUGGCAGAUGAAUCUAUUUAUCACUUUAAUUAGGAUGAGCAGAACGAUUUCAUCGACAAAAAGCCAUGGGAUAGUUCACCUAACUAUUUCAAGAAAUGCAAAAUAUCAAUUGCUGCUGUGAUCAAAAUGCUCAUUCAUGCAUGUCUUGGAAGUAUUUGAUUGUUAAUUUACAAAUAGAGAAUAAUGAGGUGAUGGGUCUGAUGUAAGGUAGAUGUGACAAGGAAACCUUCAUCAUUUACGAUGUAAUCUAUUUAAAUGCAGAGGCAAGCGAAGUGAAUGUCACCUUAAGUAGAUAUCCUGUAUAUAAAUGAUUAGCACCUGAAGCCAUGGGGGAAUACGUGUAAAUGAUUGAAAUGUUGGAAACUGUGGGAAGAGUGCAUCCUACAGUAGGAUGGUACCAUUCUCAUCCAAGUUAUGGAUGUUGGCUCAGUGGCACUGAUGUCUAGAAUUAGAGAUUGUAAUAAAUGGGAUAUGGAGCUUUUGUUGCUGUUGUGAUUGAUCCAAUCAGAACCAUGACCAAUUAAAAGGUAGAUAUUGGCGCAUUUAGAGUGUACCCUGAUGGAUAUAGACCAUUAAAAUGUAAUCCAUUAUUCCAUAAUAGAGAAUUAGGAUGACAAUAUCGGAAUUCCAACUCAAAAGAUCAAAGAUUUUGGAGCCUAUCAUGACAAAUAUUAUUCUUUGGAUAUUGAAAUAUUUAGCAAUUCUAUCGACAGUAAGAUUGUUUAGGGAUUGUGGGAACGAUAUUGGGGUGUCAGAUUGUCAUAGUCCAUUCUGGAGGAUAAUCAGGUAGAUCUUCAUGUUUAUAGAAUUAAAGUUGUAUUUUAGACAGUGCCUAUGUGAUUUGAAGGACAAAUGCUUCAUUAAGUAUGAUCAGCCCUACCAAGGGAGUGGACAAUAGACCAAUGAGAAGCAGCAAAUCAAGGAGGCUCAAAAGUUCUCAGUGGAGUUGGCUGGAGCUUUGCUGUCAGAGACUGUGAAGUAAAUAUUAUUCUAAUGAUCAAUAUUCAUUAUAUCAUUUAUAUUAUC